AUGUUUACGACUGGCAAGGAUUUAAAGCGUACCGCUUUGCUAAAAAUGUCGGCCGGCAUUAAUAUUUUGAAACAAACCGAUUGGCUCAUGCAUCAUGCAUACGUAUUUGAUUGGGAAAUUUCUCGUCUUUUAGUUGUUUGGCUUUACCUGUUUCACGCAUCAGAUGAUCUCGUCGGAAUACGCGCGGAUCGAUGUAAAUAUUGUUAG